GGUUAUAGUGUCCGCUACUCAUUUAAUAUAAUUCUUGCACUUGCCCGAUUCGGUAGUGAGCGAGAAAUAAUCUAGACAGAAAUAAAUCUAGAUAUUUCAUGUUAAGAAUUAUUAACAGAUAGUUAUGUUAUUUGUAUUCAAGUACAGAUGCGAAUCUUGUGAUUAGUAUUUAAUACAAACGUUUUUAUCGAGUUUUUUUUUUAUUUAAGAGAAUGAUGGUGCGGAAUAUAGUUUGGCUUGGUAUAGGAAUAUUUUUAAAUAGUGCUGUUUUAUUAGAAAGCGUAAGACAAUGGAGCAACAGACAACUAAUACCACCGAAUAAGAUCCCAGAUGAAGCCUUAAAUCCUCGAAGAGCUGUUGUUAGACGAAAAAUAGUGCUUUACCAUAAUUUCUUUAGAAGUAAAGUACAACCCACUGCUUCAAAUAUGCUACUAAUGUCAUGGAACCCAAUCGCUGCAAAACAAGCUCAAAGUUACGCGGACAAAUGCAUAUUUUUGCAGCACAACGACCCACUCGAAAACACAAUACCUUAUUUGGGAUUUUGUGGACAGAAUCUGUUUGUCGCAGCUCAGAAAACUCCAUGGUUCUUUGCACUUAAAACAUGGUUUUUGGAAUACAAGAACUUCACGUACGGAGAACCAGUUAAGAAUUUGAAAGCUGUGGGCCAUUAUACGCAAAUGGUUUGGGCAACAAGUCACAAGAUUGGUUGUGGACUAGCGCACUGCACGGGUGGACCUUGGGGAAAAUUCUACAACUACGUGUGUCAUUACUGUCCCGGUGGUAAUUAUGACACGAUAACACAUUUCCCCUACAAAUCGGGUCCGACGUGUGGUGAUUGUCCUAAAAAUUGUCUACAAGAUUCACUUUGCACAAAUUACUGUCCAAGAAGGGAUUAUUAUUCGAAUUGCAAUUCCCUGGUCCAUAUAUCGGACGUAUGUCAACAUGGGACGUGCAAUGCUACGUGUAUUUGCGGUAAUAAACGUAUACAUAAAAAUUAUCCUUGGUAAUAUAAUUUUAGUUACGACAUUAAUGUAUAAUUAGUUAUAUUGUUAUAA